AUGGUGACAACUGAGGAAGAAACUGAUGAAGGCGAAGAGGAGGAUAUCGAGGUGCCAAAAGCUAUGGGCGAUAUUUUCGAGUCGGAUAGCGGCAGAAGCCUGGAUGUUGUUUGGAGGAUUUUCUAUAAUUUGAUGAAGGAAACAAUUGAAGAAUGUUGCAGCAAUCCGCCUCGAUCGCCCGUUCGUGAACUGCUAGAAAUGGAGCCCGAUCGGGCACGCUUUUCCAAACUGGAAAGAAUAUUGGAAUCAGGCAAAGUGCGUGUAACAGUUGAUAUCCUGGGAAAAUGUCGUUUCACAGGAAUGGGCCGUAGUUAUCGGAUAGCAAACUAUACUGCAGCUAAACGAGCUUUGCGAUAUUUGCGAAGCUUGAAAAAUCGAAAGGAACGAGCUGCUAUGAAAAUUUAA